AUGGUCUGCAACCUAGCCUACGGCGGGAAGAUCGAGGAGCUGAAGGAGAGCAUCAUGGCCGACAAAUCCGUGGCUAUUAGAACUGACCAGGAGAGCAGAACUGCAUUGCAUUGGGCGUGCUCAGCUGGACAUCUAGAAAUUGUUGAGUUCUUGCUACAGAUUGGAGUGCCAGUGAAUGAUAAAGAUGAUGCGGGUUGGUCUCCUCUUCAUAUUGCUUCUUCUGCUGGCCGGGAUGAGAUUGUAAAAGCCCUCCUGGGAAAAGGUGCUCAAGUGAAUGCUGUCAAUCAAAAUGGCUGUACUCCCCUACAUUACGCAGCUUCCAAAAACAGGCAUGAGAUUGCUGUCAUGUUACUAGAAGGCGGGGCUAAUCCGGACGCUAAGGACCAUUAUGAGGCUACAGCAAUGCACCGUGCAGCAGCCAAGGGUAACCUGAAGAUGAUUCAUAUCCUUCUGUACUACAAAGCAGCUGUAAACAUCCAAGACACUGAGGGUAACACUCCUCUGCACUUAGCCUGUGACGAGGAGAGAGUGGAAGAAGCAAAACUGCUGGUGUCUCGUGGAGCAAGUAUUUACAUCCAGAAUAAAGAAGAAAAGACACCCCUGCAAGUGGCCAAACGUGGCCUGGGUUCAAUACUCGAGAGAAUGGUGGAAGGUUAAUCAGCUUCGAUUUCUUCUCACUUUGUAUGUUUUCUUGUUGCACCCAGUGUCCUGAAAACUAGUGUAGUGUAGUUGUGCACAAGACAUCACCUAUGAAUGAUGAAGUUUUCUCACUUUCAAAGUCUU